GACAGGCCCUCCCUCGGCUUACGGCAGGGCUUCUGAGGGGAAGGCGUGAGGGGCGCUUCAGCCUCUCCGAGGGCGGGAGGGCCGCGGCUGGUUUCCCGCCUUUUGCUCUUCUCCCCGGGCGUGUGUGAAGGAGCGCGGCAGGCAUGGCUGGUACUAUGAUAGUAGUUGGCCUGACAAUAGCUGCUGCUGGUUAUGCAGGUCGCUAUGCGCUGCAAGCAUUGAAGCAAAUGGAACCACAAGUAAAGCAAACUCUGCAAUCUCUGCCAAAAACUGCCUUCAGUGGCUAUUACAGAGGUGGAUUCGAAAGCAAAAUGAACAAGCGGGAAGCUGCCUUAAUAUUAGGAGUGAGUCCUACAGCUAACAAAGCAAAAAUCAGAGAAGCUCAUAGAAGAAUCAUGCUUUUGAAUCAUCCUGAUAAAGGUGGGUCUCCUUACGUUGCAGCCAAAAUUAAUGAAGCUAAGGAUUUACUGGACAGUCAAGCUAAGAAAUGAAAACUCAUCAUUGAUUUAACAAUUAGAAUAUAUUUUCAAAAUAACCCAAAGAAAAUUGACAAAUGAAGCUGUCAUAACACGCCAAAAGGAUAUUGUUUUGAUGUAAGGCAUAUCCUUCUCUGUGGUUAUUUUCAGAAAUUAAUGUCAACCACAACUUCUGAUGCACUUCUGAUGAAGUGCAAGUUUGUACAGAACCAGUUAAUCAGAUAGUAAUAUCUGAAAUUCACAGUUAUCGUUUUAGAUUAAAAAAAAUUAGCAGGAUAAAUGUGAACGUGAAGAUUCUGCUGAAAACAUCUUUUGAGGCUUAAUAAUAUUUUGCAGUAAUUUAUUUCUCAGCUGAGAACAGCUGUAUUAUUUUAUCAUAGAAUUAUGGUGCAGUAUUCUUCAAAAGUGAUUUUUUAUUACCAUGAUUGCUGAGCAAUAAAAUUCUUACAGUAUUUCUU